AUCCAAACUGCCAACCAGAAUAAAAUGUCGGAAAAUAUGGCGUCUCUUCGAAAGUGACUCCUAAAGUUUCUAACGUAUUAUUUUAAUGAAUGUGUGUUGAUAUAAGGAGAACAGGUAUUGACAUUAUUAUUUUAAUUUUAUAGGAUCUCCAGUUGGUGAUGGCUACACCGAGUGGUUACAAACAAAACACAUCAAUGUCGAUGCCAAGUCCACAAAACAAUCCGCACUACAUGGUCGCUGGGCCCCCCAUGAGUUUCGGUAUGAUGAAAGGCGGUAUGAAUGCACCGCCGCCGCACCAUAACCAAUACCAGUACCACCCGCAAUACCAAGGUGGUCCCCCGAUGGGGCACCCCGGGGGGUACGGGGGGUGGCAGCCCCCGAGCCAACAGCAGCCACGUUUCGGUGCAGAGGGCGCGCGCCGCGCCGCGUCCGGGGGCGCAGGCCAAGGCUCGCAAGCCGGCAAAGACGAUAAGACUAGCCCUUUCAUAUCCACGUUGCAUUCACAUCCUGGAUUUCAGCCGCAGAAAAUUGGAAAAGGCGCCGGUGCGGGUGCUGGCCUCCCAAAACCUCCGAAACCACCAGAAAAGCCAUUAAUGCCGUACAUGAGGUACUCUCGCCGAGUAUGGGACAGUGUCAAAGCUGCACAUCCCGACUUAAAGCUAUGGGAAAUUGGAAGGAUCAUUGGUGGCAUGUGGAGGGACCUACCUGAGUCAGAUAAAGCUGGGUUUGUCGAAGAGUAUGAAGCUGAGAAGUCCGAGUACGAAAAGACUUUAAAGGCGUACCACAACUCGCCCGCUUACCUGGCGUAUAUAGCGGCGAAAAAUAAGGCUGUAGUAGGUAACCUUGAGGAGGAGAGUUCCAACAAGAAGGGCAGCUCGCAGAAGGAUCAGCAGCAGCAGGACAGGAGGAUAGACAUUCAACCGGCUGAGGAUGAAGAGGAUCAAGACGAAGGGCUAUCGGUGAAGCACGUGGCGUAUGCGAGAUAUCUACGGAACCAUCGGCUUAUUAACGAAAUAUUUUCGGACACUGUUGUACCCGACGUGAGGUCUGUGGUCACCACAGCAAGGAUGCAGAUUCUGAAGAAGCAAGUGCAGUCAUUGACGAUGCACCAAAAGAAGUUGGAAGAUGAACUGCAGCAGAUUGAAGAGAAGUUUGAAGCGAAGAAACGUAAAUUCAUCGAAAGUAGUGAAUCUUUCCAGGAAGAGCUCAAGAAGCACUGCAAGCCGGCGGUGGACGAGGAGACGUUCCAGCGGAUGGUGGAGCGCGCGCUGGAGCAGAUGCGGCGCGGGCCAGCCGCCGCCCCCGCGCCCCCCGCCGCCCCCGCGCACCCCGCCGCCCCGCUCCCCGCGCACCCCGCACACCCCGCGCACCCCGCCCUCGCGGAACGGAAGGACGAGCCCAUGGACCAAGAUCAAGCUAAUAUUAAAAAUGAAGCAAACGGACCCAAUCCACCCACUCAAGUGGACAAAGUUUCCACCACAGAAGUGAAUAAACCUGACGGGAACGUAACUACGGAGCUGAACAAGCCUGAGCAGGUUCCUGUGAAAGAAGAGAAUGUUGGAAAUUCACAGGAAAGUGAAGUAGACCGUAAAGAAUUGAAAUUGGAGAAGAUGGAGCCGAAGGAGCCCGCGGCCUCCCCCGCCGCCCCCGCGCACCCCGCACACGUCACCUCACCCCCGCACCACCCAAUGAUGAUGCCUCCGAAUCCUAACGCCCCCGCUCAUCCUGGACCGCCUCAUGCUGGACCACCGCCGCCACCAGGCAACUACGGCGCUCCAUACGGCGGGCGUUACUACCCGGGAUACGCGGGCGGCUUCCCGGGCAACUACCCGCCGCACGCGUACUACCCGCCCGCGCACCCGCCGCCGCAUCCGGCGCAUCCGCCGCAUCCCUCACAUCCGCCGCAUCCGUCACAUCCGCCGCACCCGCACCCCUCGCAUCCCACGCACCCCGCGCCGCCAGAACACUAUGCACACCACGUGCCGCAUCUCCCGCCCCAUCAUGAUGUUAAGCCUGAGGAGCCACCGGCUAAGAAGGAGAGUGAAUGAUUGUCACCGAAGCGCGUCGUUAAACGGCGUCGCAAAUCAUCCUCAAAGGAUAAUCAGUGAAAAGACAUACAAGUGUAGAAUAUAAAGCACUUGUAUACCAGAAUUAAGACAUACAAAUGUGAGCAGUGAGAAUAAACUGUGGCUACGUGAUGUGCUAUAGGUUAUAUGUGUAUGUGGAAACGAUAAAAAAAUGGUUCAGUGAAUAGUUUUUUCUCAACCAAACCAAACAAAAGACGCAAUAGGGUACUCUAUUUAACUGUAUGGUCUAUAUUUAUGUAAUAUUAAUCUUCACCAGUGCUGAAUGGAUUUCGGUGGUGUUAUCCUCAAAAUCUGAGUAUGCUUAGAGUUAUAAUAAUUGUAGUCGAACAUAAUAAGUAAUAAAUAUACUAGUAAAUGAUAAAUUAGUGUUAUAGAGACAAAUGUAUAAAAAUUACAGUAUAUUUUUCUGAUAAAUGUCGUGCGAAAUAGACUAAGAAUACAAUGUUAUAUUUAAUUGAUGAUUGUGAAGACCAGCUUAAUUAUAAUUAGUGGCUCUAUUGCCACAAAAAAAUCAUCAAAUAUGUGUUAGUUAGGCGCCUUUCCGACCACCCAGCGUGUUUUAACUUCUAUGCAGACACGCGUGUAUGCAUUUAAUAAACAAAGGCAUCUGUGCCUAAUCUACGAACUCCGAAUGUUAAUAAUUACUUGGUAAAAACCUGCACACAUUCGGUACAGAAACGAAAACGCGCCAACUUGACGAUUUACUCUGGAAACUAUUAUAAUUCCGAUGCAAUGAUAUUGGAUUGAGCAAUUUCGCACCUUGUGUAUAAAAAUAGGUGGUGCUUUUAAAUAAACAAUAGCAAUGUAUUUAU